GUCAACCGCACCAUCGACGACCAGAAAGGCGACUCUUCCACCGGCGCUGUCCCUGUAUACACCCCUGGAGACGCAUGGGCGGAUGGGCAGACAUGCACAGGGUGCGCUCUCACUUCUCACAUCAUCAAGGCAAGCGUGUUCGACGGCACAUGGCACGACUCGACCUACCACCCUGGCGACCCCCCGCGGACCAUCUCGGCCUCCUUCAACGGAUCCGCGGUCUACGUGUUCGCCACGCUUGCCAACAACUUUGGCGGUAUCACGACAUUCACGAAUUACACCUUCUACAUCGACGGCGGCCUUGUUGGGCAAACGGUGAGGGCCCCCGCAUCCACCGCCGACUUCAUCUACCGCUUCCCCGUUUACAUCAACACCUCCCUUUCCAACACACCCCACAACAUCACGAUCAUUGGAGGAGGAGGCCCGAACGCGACUCUAAUCCUCUUCGACUACAUCGCAUAUACC